CUCAGUGAACUGUGCGUGUCUUGUUGCAUGUUAAGAAAAUGCCACGACGGGACUUGACGUUAGCUGAGAAGAUUCGUUUCCUAGAUCAGAUCAAGGAACAGGGACCAACCACUAGUCAGCGUCGAUUGGUGGAAAUUACCUGCUUGGCAAAAUCUACAAUAUCGCGCCUGAUAAAACAAGAGAAAGAUCUGCGAGAAGAAUGGGCACAAUGUGAAGGACGACGAGGUACUUCCCAAAAACGGAAGCGUGAAGGCAAGGAUCCAGACGUCGAUGAGGCCCUUAAUGAUUGGUUUGCCUUUGUUACUGGACGAGCCGUGCGAGUAAGUGGCCCAAUGUUAAAGUACAAAGCAGAAGAACUCGCUAAAAUGCUGGGCCACGAAGAUUUUAUAGCUACGGACGGCUGGUUGUCUCGAUGGAAAUCUAGACAUGAUGUAAAAUUUAAGAAAGCACAUGGUGAGAAAGAAAGUGCCAAUAGCGCUCGAGCUGAAGAAUGGAAAUCAACAAAACUACCAGAGCUUCUUGAAAAAUUUCCAGCAGAUGACAUCUAUAAUGCUGAUGAAACCGGGUUGUACUAUAGGGCUACACCGGACGGCUCCUUAAGUUACAAACAUGUUACUCUCUCUGGCUGCAAAAAAGCAAUGGAUCGCGUAACUGUCUUGUGCUGCUCAAACAUGUCCGGAACAGACAAGAGGAAGUUGCUGGUUAUAGGAAAAUGUGCCAAGCCUCGCUGCUUUAAGAGACUCAGAAUGGACAGUUUACCAGUUGUGUAUCGUGCGAACAGAAAUGCAUGGAUGAGCUCUACACUUUUUAAAGAAUGGGUGAAGGAUUGGGACACAGAGCUACAACGCCAGUCGAGAAAAGUGUUAUUACUUCUCGACAAUUGUGCAGCACAUUCAAAUUUGGAUUUCUUGAAGAAUAUCCAGAUGGAAUUUCUGCCUCCCAAGACCACAUCUUUGAUACAGGCAAUGGACAUGGGCAUCAUAAAAAAUUUGAAGACCUUUUAUCGUUCAAGGUUGGUGAAUUACAUCCUUGAAUCAAUUGAGGAAGGCUUGCUGACCUCAUCCUCGACGGCCGGAGAAAUCAGUGCAAAGGUCAACAUUUUGCAAGCCGUUACAUUCGUGGCCGAAAGUUGGCGAAAAAUGAGCAGUGCGACAAUUCGGAACUGUUUUUCUCACUGUGGCUUUAAGCAUAUUGUCUCGGAGAUGGAUGUGGAUAUGGUGAUUGUAAAUGAAAAUGACGGCGAGAAUGUGGAGCUGAAACAAGUUGAAAAUUACGAAGAAUUUUUGUCAAUCGACAACGAACUUCAACUCUAUGAUGGAAAUGAAGAAUGCGAUGCUGCCAUUGUUGCUCGAAUAGCAGCGAAACACACGACAGCAACAGAAGACCAUGGAAGUGAUGAAGAGAACCCUAACGUGUUGAUGCCAGUCACAAAACAGGAUGCAAGGAAAUGCAUUGAAACAUUGCACCGCUAUUUCAUGCAGGAAGGAAAUGAAGGUAGUCCUAUUACUGCGUUACAUGUUUGUAGUGAUUUUGUGCGAAUGCAGUCUGUUAAAAGAAUGCGUCAAACCACACUGGAUACGGUCUUCAAACGCUGAAUGGAAUUCGGUAAUCCCUUUGUAUAAAACUGUACUUCGCAUGCUGAAUAUCUUGUAGGUCGUUACGAAGAAUUUGUUUGUAAAUUUCUUUUUCAGUGAACAAAGUUCGUUAUCA